UUUUUGGUCGCUUUAUCGCGCGCCAAUUUCCGACGCACAACACACUCGAUAGUCGCGCGCGAAAUGUCCAUCGUUGGCGAGAAGAAGUUCUCCAAGUCGCGCUACAUCAUCUCGCCCGAGGGCAUUCUCAAGCUCAUCGGCAUCGUGCUGAUCGUCGCCGGCGCACUCAUCCACCACUUCUACACGGCCCUCGCGGGUCUGCUCUUCCCCAUCACGGCGGCCGCCACGGGCGCCGGCUGUCUGCUGCUCUACCUCAUGUUCGCCACGGGCGCCGUGAAAUGCGCGCUGCGCUGCUUCAACAUCACGGACACCGUCUGCACGAUGAUGUUCUGCAUCACGCUGCUCAGCGUCUCCAUCGUCACAAUCACGUCGGACGACGUGCGCGUGCCGUCCGAGUAUUUGCCUAGCGUUUUGGCGAUUGUCGGCUCAAUUUGCCUCGCCACGAGCGCCUCCAUCUUCUUCAUCCGGCUGAGCCUGGAGAAAGAAACCGUGUUGGAUGAGAAUGACGACCAGGCGUCCACCGUGACGCCCACGACAACAUUGCGCCCUCGCAAAUCUGUGCUCAUUUGAUUGCAUAAUAAAUU